AUGAGAAGAAUUAAAGGACAGAAGGGUACCCAAUUUUCCACAUAUCAUACAAAAUGCAUAGAUCCUUGGUUAACAAAGAACCAGCGUACUUGUCCUAUCUGUAAACGAAAAAUUCGUUUAGGUAGUGUUUCAUCAGAUGAGGAGAGUGAUGAAGAUACUGAAGAACCAACUGAAACAACACCCCUAUUAAGAUCACUUCAUGGAAGAUCUAUUAUAAAUUUCAUGCAGAAUCCAGUUAUUAAUUCUAGCAGGGCUGAUAUUGAAAAUACUAAUAAUAAUAGAGAAAUUAAUGAAGAAACACAAGAAAAUUCAGUACCAGAACAUCAAACUGGGUCAUUAUUGCAUCAUUUAACAUGUGUUGAAUUACAUCAGCCUAAUGAAUCCACCAACAACACUCCAUAUAGUGCUUCAGCCCCUUGUUGUUUAUUAUCACAUGGUGUAAAUGUAGAGGACAAUUCUAUUUCAGGAGAUAUUUCUGGUAUUGAAGCUGGUGAGGGAAUAUCAAGUUUACCUAGUACUUCGUCGUCGUCGUCAUCGUCUUGCACUGAAGUUAAUACUAAAAAUGAAAAUUCUGUUCAUAAAGAUUUAAUUGUGUGA